AUGUCCGGGUCUAAGCCGGCCACGCGCCUGCUCCCGGGCGAUGGCCUUGGCUUCCACAUGAUGCGCUCCGAGGCUGAUCAAGUGGGCUUCCCCCUCUUCAUCUCCCACUCCCCCCUGACCCACGGCAGCCCUCCGCAUCCCGUCCAACCCCGUGCCGAUGCUACAAGAGUCUCCAAGAAGAGCAAACAGCCGCCCCGGGCCAAGGCUGACGGUGACAUCCUUCAUCCUCCCAAGCACAACCAUUCCCAGCAACCGCGUGAGCAAGAACAGCACCGACACGAUGCCCAUCACUCUCGCCACCGCAAGUCCGGCGUCCAGCGCAAGCAGCGCACCCGCAACUCGCGCAUGAAGUGCCACGCCUGCGGCACUGGCGAGACGCCCGAAUGGCGCUGCGGUCCCGACGGUCUCGGCACGCUGUGCAAUGUAUGUGGCCUAGUUUUUGCCAAGCAGCAGCGGCGUCGAUCAGGAGCUUGGCAUUAG